UGGUGGCCCAACACCUUACCAAGACCACCAAAGGUUGUAAGCACCAAAAAUCCUUCAGAGUAAAGUAAGGAGUGUCUUUAGUGGACUCUCUGAUGGGGGCGUACAAUACUAUUCACCAGAUGACAUGUGAGAGACAAAGUGAAAGAAGCUUAUAUGGUAUGAACAGACAGAAAUCGAGCUUUUUACCCACCAUACGUACAUUUUAUUUGACACAAUACAAACACGUCACAUCAGCAGAAACACACCAACCACAAAGCCUGGGGUUGGCAAAAAAGUUUGUGAAGAAAGAGGGUAACAUGAAUAAAAAUAAAUAAAUAAAUACUGUAGAAAAAACUGCUCCAGACUGAAAAAACUGGGACUUGGGAAAAGAUUUCCCACAAGCCAAAUACACGAGUCAUAAAGCCAAAGGUUUCAAAACAACAACGUUAAUGUACUGAAGUGACAAAGACCUCAGUCCGAUCUAGAAUUUGCAGCAGCUUGAGCUUUAUCAAGUUUUUGUUUUUGUAGUUAUUUAAGUCUGUUUGUGGAAAUUCAUAAUUAAAAUUGACAGAAAAAUAUAUUUUAUGAUGAUCAGCGUCAAAACAUCCAGUACAUCCACUGUGAUUCAUACACAAAACAGUUUAAGGGGGACUGAUUUCUUUUUUUUUAUAGGUACUGUAUAUUAGUCUAACCUUAGUGUGUGCGUGUGUUUUAGGGUGGCAGGGAUCCUCGUCACACACGGGGGGGGGGAAGUCCCAGACCGGGCAAUGAGUUCAUACCCAAAUGAGCGUCUAUGUUGAAAUACAAGCCUGUCUCACACUCAUCGUCAAAUCAAGGACUCUCCCACUGCUUCUUCAUCUUGCCAGGUAAGAGAUCCCUCUGAACAUUUAUUUUCAACCCGUAACGGGUAACAUCAGCAGACUGAGUGUUGUAUUUUCAGUAUUUGUGUUUCAAGUAGGGCUCAAACUCUCAACUUCAGCCCUUGAUGUCACAGCUUCUAAUAUGUGUGAAAGUGAUAAAGACAAGAGCUGUAGGUGUGUGGCGGUUCGGUUGCCCUCAGUCAGCUCUGUGAUUACCGCAGACAUCUUCAUUUUGCUUUGAAUGUUCAAAAAAAAGUGAAAGUUUACUUCUGUCUACAGUUACACACACACACAAUAACAGACAAUGUAGGUGAGACCGAACAUAAGAAGCUUACAAAGUCUCUCAAAAUGAGUAAAAAGAUAAAUAGUAAAGCAAACUACAAUAAAACUCACAAAGGAGGCACAAACAUACCUAAAUCCAUGAAAAAGAAGACACCUAACUCUUAGUUAUGAUUUUGGUUUGUAUGGAAAUACACACUUUGGUUUUGGAUAUUUGUGACUUAAAAAAACAUAUUAUGUGUUUAUGAUAAUUACAAAUUACUUACCGUCCUUGAAAUCUGAAAGGGGGUGUGAGUAAGACACUGAGUGCUGGUUAUCAGGGUGUGACAAAUAUACUCUACAAUGAAUCAGGCUUACAAUUCUAUGUACGUGAAAGCAGCGGAGGGCGGAGGUGGUUUAGAUGUGUGUGUUUUUUUCACGGUCCACUGACCCAGUGUUCGCUGGAGCGAAGAGGGCUGUGUUUGAGAACAGACAUGAUUUUUGAAAGAAUGGAAGUUUACAUGUUGGAGCUAGCGCAAGGCAGGCCCGUUGAUGAUUACCCUUUAUCUAUAAAUUUAUUGGAAUUUGUACAUUUCUUUGCCCUAAAAAAAUGUAAAAAUGCCAAAGGAAAUGGGUCUGCUUUGCUUUUGAGGUGAAAGCAGAAGAGUUUUUACAGUUUAACAGCCUCUCCCUCGCACAUCCAGUGUACACCCACUAAUACUGACGUUAUACUGUUGCAAGUGCAGAAUACAUGGUAUGUUUUUCUGCAGCCACCACAAACUAGUGCAGCUCACAGUUCCUUCUUCCGUAUUGCAGCUGAAGCAGUAGUGUAGUACAGUGUAGUAUAGUAUACAGUAGUAGUACAGUAUGGUACAGCACAGUAUAGUAAUGUGCAUCAUAGUGCAGUACAGUAUAGUGUAGUAUAGAAAAGAUAGUAUAGUAUACUGUAGGACAGGAUAGUAUAUUACAGUGUACUGUAUAAUGCAGUAACAUAAGCAAGUAAGCUUUUAUUUAUAUAGCAUUUUUUAAAACACACAGUUACAAAGUGCUUCACAGGCACAUACACAUGCAAAAUUGAAACAGAUAGAUUAAUGAAAUAGACAAACAUGACACAGAGAGAAAUCAACCAAAAUGAAAUAAAGCAGGACAUGGGAACAAGAAGGGAGGUCUAUAGAAAGGCUUGUCGAUACAAAUGGGUUUUGAUGCGUCGUUUAAAAGGAUUCAGCCGAUCUAACAGAUUGUGGAAGAUGAUUCCACAGAGUUGGGGCUGAGAAUGCAAAUGCAUGGUCACCUUUUGAUUUGCGGUUUGUGCGGGGGACAGAUAGAGGGCCAAGAUUUGAGGAUCGAAGAGGUCGUGAAGUGGAAUGAGGAACGAGGAGCUCAGAAAUGUAGCUAGGGGCGAGGUCAUGGAGUGCUUUAUAUGUAAUCAGCAGGAUCUUGUAAUUUAUUCAGAAUUUUACUGGAAGCCAAUGGAGGGACGCGAGAACAUAAGACUCUAUUGAUCCCUGUCGAGGAAAUUCAAGUGUUACAGCAUCUGAGCGAGUCUGAAUAAAAUAUAUACAUAAAUAAAUAAAUAAAAUAUAUAAUAAAAUGCAGAAGAAAAUAAAGAACAAAUACAAAAUAAAACAAAAAGUGACAUUAAAACAAUACAGUAUAAUAUACUGUAGUGGUAUUACACAGUAAAGUACAGUUUAGUUUAGUAUAUUUAAGCCCCAUUUUGACAAAAAGAUGCAAGUUGCAGCUGUGGACUUUAACUUUGGUAAAUAGUAUAUUCCCAACUGUUUUCUAUAAUAAAGUAGGUUGUUGUUUCAACAGCUAUGUACUACUAAUAUAGUAAAUGUACCUAUAGAUGAUUAGAGGGAUGUUUUCAAGGGUCUGGUGUAAAAUACUGUAUGUCGGCUACAUGUGCAUCAAGCACAUUAUAUCAUUCUCAUGUUCAUAGCUGCUCACCUUCUGCAGCUGUUUCCUCUACAUCUCUCUUCUAAUGUAUCUGUGUGUGUGUGUGUGUGUGUGUGUGUGUGUGUGUGUGUGUGUGUGUGUGUGUGUGUGUGUGUGUCAGUGUGAGGGUUAUCAGGGCUGAUGGGUGGAAGCUGCCCUGAGGGUGAGUACGAGGAUGCCUUGGUCAAAAGAUGUCUACCCUGUCACAUGGUAUGCCAUCAAUCACAGAUUAACAGCAAAUGCAACAAUUACUGCGUGUCUGCACGUUGUAAGGCACUGCCUGGCCGCUUCUAUGAUAUGCUGCUGAGGAAAUGUGUGACGUGUCAUGAGGUUUGUGGUGGACAUCCACCAGAAUGCUCCCCGCACUGCCAAAGUCUUUCAUCUCAUGAACGGACAACUAAGCUACCUAUCACCUCAGCUCCAUCACGUCCCGUGACCACUAAAAAGCUCCUGAUUAAACUUACCUCACACAUCCCAAAUUCCAGAGGGCUUGAGGUAUCGACAGCCCUGGACGACUCCACUGUCCUCCUCUACUCCCUCCUUGCCGUAUGCAUGGUGUUGCUGCUGUCGAGCUUGUCUCUAGCCUUGGCAGUUUUUCUGCGGGGAGCCAGGGCCAAAACCACCAAACAAGGACCCAAGGCAGCUAACCACAGCCAGGAGCGUGUGAUCCAGCCAGGCCAAGAGGUUGGUCUGCUGAGUGGCCAGCUGGAGCGAAGCUCUAAAGAUUUUGUAACAAAUUCAAGCCGUCCCACUGACCGUGACCCUUUAGAGGAUUCCAGCCCCACUGAGACCUGUGUGUGUGUCCACUGUUUCCCUGAUCUGACAGCACUAGGCCAGGGCAAUGACAGGCCACUGAGAGCACCUUACUCUUUCAACCAGCAAGCUGUCCCCCUGCAAGCCCAGAUCCAAAACGGACGUCCCUCCUGCACUGGGGAGAGCUUACGCACAACUGGACUGAAGGCACAGGCGGAGGCUGCAGUGGGAUGAGGCUCAUUUGUUUCCUCUCUUAUCUAUGUCACACAGGGAAAAUUGGAAUGAAUAAAUGUGUCCCCCAACACAUCAGAGAGAUUCAUCAGCAUAGUGAAGGAAAAGAAAAAAAAGGACUAUUUGUUGCUUUGAAAAAAGAAAUUGCGGACACUGUCACAGCAUGAGGCAAUAUUUUGUAAGUGUGUGUGUGAAACUGAAAAAAGGCGUUUAAAGGAGUGCACGCUCUUCUAUGACCUCUAUCAACCUCGCAACAAGCAGCAACAGUGGGAGUGCUUCAUCAAUAAUUAGUAUAAAAAGCCUCUCUUUAUUAAAACAAAGAAUUAAAACAAGUGAAAGACCAGCUUCCCAUUAGGGAUAUUUCAAAAACUGUUGUGUGGUUGAUUCUUAUUAAAUGUGAAAAGCUAAAUGUUUUCCUCCCUGAUGAAGGCGUAGUGAUGAAAUGUGCAAGUUUGCGCCACAGGGCAGUAAAAGAGUUUAUUACUGCAUAUUGUAAGUAUAUCACUGAAAUGUGACAAUGUUCACUUAUUAAGAAUAUGUCCUUAAUCAUUAGGGAGUAUGUGUGUCCAGGGGUCUUACAAGGUCAUUUGGGCAUGGAAGGCAGACAUGUUAGGGUCUUGACCUCCAAGUGGACUGCAAAGGACUGUUGGAGAUUAACUGAUGCUUUGCUUCACAUUGCGUCAUGUCUUCUGUUAGAAGUUGCACUUCAACACAUUACAAAGCUGACUGCUUACUGACCACUGACAUGCAUGUAUGCUCUGUGCUAGUCAGUAAAUUAAACUAUCUUCUCAUAUGCAAAUAAAGAAUACAAAUUUGGAGUAUGUCUGAUAAAAAAAAAGUUGCUAUUGGC